CUAGGUAAAUAAUAAACCGGCGAAUGCUAAACUCAAACCCGAACAAAAUAAAAUUUCGGUUUGAGAAUUACCCUAAAGACCACCUGACGCAGACCAAAACCCGGCUUAAACCCACCGUUCUCUGCCUCUCAUCUUCUUCCCCACUGCGGCAAAGAGAGCAAUUAAUCCAGAGUUCCACCUCGUUUUGCUUGUGUGUGUGUGUGUGUGUGGAGGGGAUAACUACUAAAACUGUAAUGAACUGCCUCUCUCAUCAUGCCCGUUCUUACAUUUCCUUGGGGCUUCUCAAGAGAUCCAGCUACGUCACUUCCAAGAUCCCAUGGAACCAAUGCUUUUUCAUGCCUUCAAAGCCCUGUUUAAACCCUGCAAGUGUUGUCACUCCACUCGGACUCUCUAGACCUCAUUGCUAUUCCUCCAGAUCUAAGGCUGGUAGAUCGAAAUUGUUGACCGCUGUUCCUGUUGCUGAUAAAGAGAAAGACGCAUUCUUUGUUGUCCGGAAGGGUGACGUUAUUGGAAUCUACAAAGAUUUGAAUGAUUGCCAGGCUCAAGCUGGAUCGUCGGUGUUUGAUCCUCCGGUUAGUGUUUAUAAGGGAUACUCGUUGUCUAAAGACGCAGAGGAAUAUCUUUCUUCUGUUGGGAUGAAGAACCCUCUCUACUGUUUUGGAGCUUCUGACUUGAGAGAGGAUAUGUUUGGCGCUCUCACGCCUUGUCUUUUCCAGGAGCCAUCUUCUUCUAAAGUGAAACAAUCUGAAGAAGAGGAUACCUCAGAGAUGAAGUCAGAAGAUAUGAAACAUGAUAUUCCUUCUGCUUCCACGUCAUCGGUUUUUGAUCAGCUAAAACCAUCGGCUGUUACUUCAGAUGAAACUUGCUUUAUUGAGUUUGACGGUGCAUCAAAGGGGAAUCCAGGUCUCGCUGGCGCAGCAGCUGUACUGAAAACUAAGGAUGGAAGCUUGAUUUGUAAAGUGCGUCAAGGGUUAGGAAUUGCUACAAACAAUGCAGCAGAGUAUCAUGGGUUAAUCCUAGGGUUGAGGCAUGCUAUUGAGAGAGGUUACAAGAUAAUUAAAGUAAAAGGUGACUCCAAGCUUAUCUGUAUGCAGAUUAAAGGUAAAUGGAAGGUAAACAACGAGGUACUCUCGAAGCUGCACGAGGAAGCAAAACAACUAACCAAGGAAUGUGCGUCUUUCGAAAUCAGUCAUGUACUAAGGAAUCUGAACUCUGCUGCGGACGAACAAGCAAACUUGGCUGUCCGUCUUCCUGGAAAUGUCAAAAGGAAUUCUAGAAUGUUGACGAAGGCGCUUAGGAUUUUGAAACCCAGGUCCAUCCUCGGAGGUUCUCUCCGCCGUCGAUCGGUUUCUUUCUCUUCUCCGUCGCCGUCCGGAGCUGUUUCUCGCACGACGGCUGCUGCGGCGGAAAUCGACGCCGAUGAUGCCGUCGCGUACUCGGACCCGACGGAAUCGCCGACUGCGAUGCCGAUGAUGAUGCAAGCUCACCUUCAGCCACGUGUCGUCGUGUACGACGGAGUCUGUCCUCUUUGCCACGGAGGUGUGAAGUGGAUCAUCAAAGCGGAUAAGCACAGAAAGAUAAAGUUCUGUUGCCUUCAGUCUAAAACCGCUGAGCCGUAUCUAACAGUGAGUGGAGUCACUAAGGAAGAUGUUCAGAAGCGAUUUCUCUUUGUUGAAGGUCUCGGCUCUUACCAUCAGGCAUCAACCGCUGCACUUCGAGUGGUAUCAUACUUGCCUCUGCCUUACUCAGCAUUGAAGGCUUUCACCAUGGUUCCCACUCCUCUAAGGGACUCGGUGUAUGAUUACGUUGCCAACAAUCGUUAUAACUGGUUUGGAAAAGCUGAGGAUUGCUUGGUUCUGAAGGAGCAAGAGCUGCUGGAGCGGUUUAUAGACCGAGAUGAACUCAUUGAUCGAUGCUAAUGACACACCCUUCGACAGAUAUAUUGUCCGCGUAUAUAAAAAUAAAAGGGAAUAUGAUUUAGAGUUAACUUUCCAAGAACAGUGAUCACAAACACAAAAUAGUCUUUUUGAAGCUAAUCCUCGUAUGAUCUUUGUUGCUAUUUCUUCAGAUUCCAGUAUUCAAAUCCUUUAAACGGUUGAUACUC